CCGGCCCGCAGCGCCAGGCCGCGGCCGGCCCUCCCUCCUCCUCCACCUCCUCCCCUCCCUCCUUCCCCGCCGCCUUGCCGGCGGAGAGGGGCGCGAUGGCGUCCUACGUGGAUAACAGCUUCCGCCAGGCGGUGAUGAAGAACCCGGCGGAGCGCAGCCCCCAGGAUUUGGAGAUUGUGUAUUCCUAUUUACAUGGAAUGGAAGCCUUGUCUAAUCUGAGAGAACAUCAGCUAAGACUGAUGUGUGAAACUGUUAGAUAUGAAAGGCAUGAAGCAAAUGAAGUCCUGUACUACCCUGAUGAUAUUGGUACCUGUUGGUAUAUCUUGCUGUCUGGUUCAGUCUUCAUUAAAGAAUCUAUGUUUCUUCCAAGGAGCAGUUUUGGCAAGCGUUCUGCAGGAAGCUUCAGGCGUGGCUGUGAAUGCAUUGUUCUAGAGCCAUCUGAAAUGAUUGUGGUUGAUUAUAUGGAUGAAAAUGAAGAAUAUUUUCAGCGCCAAGCUUCUCAUAGGCAAUCUCGAAGGAGAUUUAGGAAAAUCAACCAAAAAGGGGAGCGACAAACAAUUAUUGAUACUGUUGAUCCUUAUCCUGUGGGGAAGCCACCUCUACCUAGAGGCUACCAUACGCUUCCUGCAGAUUUCACAAAGCUGCACCUUACUGACAGUCUCCACCCACAGGUGACCCACGUUUCAUCUAGUCACUCAGGAUGUAGCAUCACUAGUGAUUCAGGAAGCAGCAGCCUUUCUGAUAUCUACCAGGCUACAGAAAGUGAAGCUGGUGAUAUGGAUCUCAGUGGGUUGCCAGAGACAGCAGUGGAUUCUGAGGAUGAUGAUGAUGAAGAAGACAUUGAAAGAGCAUCCGAUCCUUUAAUGAGUAGAGAUAUUGUUAGAGAUUGCUUAGAGAAAGACCCAAUAGACAGGACAGAUGAUGAUAUUGAACAACUACUGGAAUUCAUGCAUCAAUUGCCUGCUUUUGCCAACAUGACAAUGUCAGUGAGGAGAGAGCUCUGUGCUGUAAUGGUGUUUGCAGUUGUGGAGAGAGCAGGAACUAUUGUACUGAACGAUGGAGAAGAGCUGGAUUCCUGGUCAGUCAUUUUGAAUGGCUCUGUGGAAGUGACGUAUCCUGAUGGAAGAACAGAGAUACUGUGCAUGGGAAACAGUUUUGGCGUUUCCCCUACCAUGGACAAAGAGUAUAUGAAAGGGGUGAUGAGAACCAAAGUGGAUGACUGCCAGUUUGUUUGUAUAGCCCAGCAAGAUUAUUGCCGUAUCCUCAAUCAAGUAGAAAAGAACAUGCAGAAGGUAGAAGAGGAAGGGGAGAUUGUGAUGGUUAAGGAGCACAGGGAGCUUGAUCGCACUGGAACAAGAAAAGGCCACAUUGUCAUCAAGGGAACAGCUGAAAGGCUAACAAUGCAUUUGGUGGAAGAACACUCUGUGGUAGACCCAACAUUUAUAGAAGACUUCCUGUUGACGUAUCGGACCUUUCUUUCUAGCCCAAUGGAAGUGGGGAAGAAGUUGUUGGAGUGGUUCAAUGACCCCAGCCUCAGGGAUAAGGUUACACGGGUAGUAUUGUUGUGGGUGAACAAUCACUUCAAUGAUUUUGAAGGAGAUCCUGCUAUGACUCGAUUUCUGGAAGAAUUUGAGAACAAUUUGGAGAGGGAGAAAAUGGGUGGACAUUUGAGGCUGUUAAAUAUCGCUUGUGCUGCUAAAGCGAAACGAAGAUUGAUAACCUUAACAAAGCCAUCUCGAGAAGCCCCUUUGCCUUUUAUCUUGCUGGGAGGGUCAGAAAAGGGAUUUGGCAUCUUUGUUGACAGUGUCGAUUUUGGUAGCAAAGCUACAGAAGCAGGCUUGAAACGUGGAGACCAGAUACUGGAAGUGAAUGGUCAAAACUUUGAAAACAUUCAGCUGUCAAAAGCCAUGGAAAUCCUUAGAAAUAACACUCAUCUGUCUAUCACUGUGAAAACCAAUUUAUUUGUUUUUAAAGAACUUUUAACACGGUUGUCUGAGGAAAAAAGAAAUGGUGCUCCCCACUUGCCUAAAAUUGGUGAUAUUAAAAAGGCGAGCCGUUAUUCUAUCCCAGACCUUGCUGUUGAUGUGGAGCAGGUAAUAGGACUAGAAAAAGUAAAUAAGAAAAGUAAAGCCAACACAGUUGGGGGAAGAAAUAAAUUAAAGAAGAUACUUGACAAGACUCGAAUCAGCAUUCUGCCUCAGAAACCAUACAAUGACAUUGGAAUUGGCCAGUCUCAGGAUGACAGCAUUGUAGGACUGAGGCAAACGAAGCACAUUCCUCCUGCUUUACCUGUCAGUGGAACCCUGUCAUCCAGUAACCCUGAUCUACUGCAGUCCCACCACCGCAUCUUGGACUUCAAUACAACUCCAGACUUACCAGAUCAAGUUCUGAGGGUUUUCAAGGCAGAUCAGCAAAGUCGCUACAUCAUGAUCAGUAAAGACACAACAGCAAAAGAAGUGGUCAUCCAGGCCAUCAGGGAAUUUGCUCUCACUGCAACCCCUGAUGCAUAUUCACUAUGUGAAGUCUCUGUCACACCUGAGGGUGUAAUCAAACAAAGGAGGCUUCCUGAUCAGUUAUCCAAGCUUGCUGACAGGAUACAGCUAAGUGGCAGGUAUUACCUGAAGAACAACAUGGAAACAGAAACCCUUUGUUCAGAUGAAGAUGCUCAAGAGUUACUAAGAGAGAGUCAAAUUUCCCUACUACAGCUCAGUACUGUUGAGGUGGCUACUCAGCUCUCCAUGAGAAACUUUGAGCUAUUCCGUAACAUUGAACCCACAGAAUACAUAGAUGACUUGUUUAAACUGAAAUCAAAAACAGGUUGCACUAAUCUAAAGAAGUUUGAAGAAGUAAUAAAUCAAGAAACGUUCUGGGUAGCUUCUGAGAUUCUAAGAGAAACCAACCAGCUGAAAAGGAUGAAAAUCAUCAAGCAUUUCAUUAAGAUAGCACUACACUGCAGAGAAUGCAAGAACUUCAACUCAAUGUUUGCUAUCAUUAGUGGCCUGAAUUUGGCACCAGUUGCAAGGCUCCGAACUACUUGGGAAAAGCUUCCAAGCAAGUACGAAAAACUGUUUCAAGAUCUACAGGACUUGUUUGAUCCAUCUAGGAAUAUGGCAAAAUAUCGUAAUGUCCUUAACAGCCAAAACCUGCAGCCCCCUAUUAUUCCCUUGUUUCCUGUUAUCAAAAAAGACCUUACAUUCCUUCAUGAAGGAAAUGAUUCAAAAGUGGAGGGCUUGGUCAACUUUGAGAAGCUGAGAAUGAUUGCGAAGGAAAUACGCCAUGUUGGUCGCAUGGCAUCUGUUAACAUGGAUCCUGCUUUAAUGUUUAGAACUAGGAAGAAGAAGUGGAGGAGUUUGGGGUCUCUCAGCCAGGGCAGUACGAAUGCAGCUGUGCUGGAUGUUGCACAAACAGGGGGUCAUAAAAAGCGUGUCCGUCGCAGUUCUUUCCUUAAUGCUAAAAAACUGUAUGAAGAUGCUCAGAUGGCACGGAAAGUAAAGCAGUAUCUCUCAAACUUGGAUCUGGAAAUGGAUGAAGAGAGCCUCCAGACUCUAUCUCUGCAGUGUGAGCCAGCCACCAACACAUUGCCAAAGAAUGUAGGAGACAAGCGAUCUGGAAAAUCCGAAACAUCACCGGUGGCUCCCCGGGCAGGAAUCCAGCAGAAAGUGCAGCAGCAGCAGCAACAUAAAGUAAACCAAGCAUUGCAGGUCCCUGCUGUAUCUCUUUAUCCCUCUCGCAAGAAAGUGCCCGUCAAAGACCUCCCACCAUUUGGCAUUAACUCCCCUCAAGCUUUAAAGAAAAUUCUUUCAUUAUCUGAAGAAGGAAGUCUGGACCGUCACAAGAAACAAUCUGAAGACACAGUAUCAAGUGCAUCUUCACAGCUGUCUUCUCCUCCCACCUCACCCCAGAGUUCUCCAAGGAAAGGCUAUACUUUGGCUCCCAGUGGCACAGUGGAUAACUUUUCAGAUUCUGGUCACAGCGAAAUUUCUUCUAGAUCCAGUAUUGUCAGCAAUUCCUCUUUUGACUCCAUGCCAGUCUCCCUGCAUGAUGAGAGGAGACAGAGGCAUUCUGUCAGCAUUGUGGAGACAAAUCUUGGUGUGGGAAGGAUUGAUAGAAGGAUCUUGAUUGAACCUGAUCAAUACAGCUUAGGCUCUUAUGCACCGCUGUCAGAGAACAGAGGCCUGUAUGCUGGAGCAACUGUGCUGUCUUCUCCUAGUACAGAAGAACUGUCACAGGAUCAGGGGGACAGAGCUUCGCUCGAUGCAGCUGACAGUGGCCGUGGUAGCUGGACUUCUUGCUCGAGUGGUUCUCAUGACAACAUACAAACAAUACAGCACCAGAGAAGCUGGGAGACGCUGCCUUUUGGACACGCUCAUUUUGAUAAUUCAGGCGAUGGGGCAGGACUGUGGGCCUCAGGCAGUCAUAUGGACCAACUGAUGUUCCCCGAUCAUGGCACAAAGUAUGGCAGGCAAAGUCAAGGUAGGGAGGGCCUUGAUCAAGCACAGUCCAGAGCAAGCUGGGCAUCCUCAACAGGCUACUGGGGAGAGGACUCAGAAGGUGACACAGGUACCAUAAAGCGGAGGGGUGGGAAGGAUGUUUCCAUUGAAGCUGAAACCAGUAGCAUAACGUCUGUACCAGCAGAGGAGCCAAAACCAGCUCCCAUGUCCACACACAUACCGGCAUCAUCCAGCAGUACAAAGGGGCUUAUUGCACGAAAAGAGGGUCGGUAUCGGGAACCACCUCCAACUCCUCCUGGUUAUGUAGGAAUACCUAUUGCUGAGUUUGCAGAAGGUGUUUCCCAUCCAACCAGAAAGCCUCCAGAUUACAAUAUAGCACUUCAGAGGUCUAGAAUGGUGGCACGGACAUGUGAGACCCAUGGGACAUCAGCUCAACAGCAGCAGUCGCAUGGCCAUUCAACUAGUAGGCCUGUGAACAAACCUCAGUGGCACAAACCAAAUGAGUCAGAUCCACGUCUUGCUCACUGUCAGUCUCAAGGGUUUUCCACAGAGGAAGAUGGUCCACCUGAAUCUUCUUGGACAGCCAAGCAGUUGACUUAGACAACUUCUCUGGAGGCGCCUAUGUUCCAGAAGAUGAACAAGUCUCUGCUGUGUAAGACUUGGGGCUUUUCUGGAUCCAGAGUGAGCCACCUUAAAGGAGAGCACAAGAAGACGUCCCUAGAAUAGGAGCCUUGGAACUAUAGUUAAAGGAUGGUGGACCUGUUUGCCUCCUUCCCUGCCUUAAAGCAGCAUGGGGCUUCUUCCUCCGCCCCUCCCCUCUGUCCCCUCUCCCCUUGCAUGUGAAAUACUGUGAAGAAAUCGCCCUGGCACUUUUCAAACUGUGUUGCUUGAAAUGCACAGUGCAGCAAUCUCCAAGCUACCACUGUCGCUGUCUGCCACAUCACACAGUAUCAUUCCAAAUUCCAAGAUCAUCACAUCAGGAUGAUAACUCUGGCUGCACUUCCCAAUGCCUGGAAGGGUUUUUAAAUCUUCCUUUUCGAUUUUAAUCGCAACCCUAGCACUUAGUCUCGUUGGGAUAACGGGAUAAGCUAGUUGUCAAUUUACAUUUGGCCUUUAACCUACAAAGAGAAAACGCAUUGAAAUCCUUCAAGGAGGCAGUGCUUAUUUGCUUGUUUACAAUGCCUUUGUUACAAUUUUGUAUGUUUGUGUUCUGAAAUCAAAUACUGCGUCUGCAUAGUAACUACAGUAUUAUUUCGUACCUGUAAGUAGGGUUGCCAGCCUGAGCUCCCGGACAGGAUAUUGCUAUCACGUGGCCGAGCAGGGCAGAAGGGAAGGCAGAGGUUGCAGGACACGGCCUUUCCCGACCAUCUCGCUUCACCCAUAGCGUGCCCCACCCUGGGACCUCCAAAAUGUGUGCCCGUUAGCAGGAACGGCACCAGCAGCCAGGUCUAGUGUCAGUGCAGCACCGCGCGCGUGCACCUACCUACCCAGUGAAGGACCAGAGGAUGCUGUGUCUCCCAUACCUGUGCCUUGUGGAAUACAGGACGGCAUGCUCUAAACAGCGUCCCAUUCUAACGAGACAGACGGCAACCCCACCUUUAAGUUAUAUAUUAUUUUUAUUUUAUUUUUUUUACUAUAUAGUAGUUAUAUUGAAAGAGAAAUUAACUGGAUAACAUUGCAGUGAAGGCAAGCUGGGAUGUCACAGCUCCUGUCAGCUGUUAAUACUGAUUUAAUAACCUCCACCUUGACUUUGGCAUUAGGGGAUAAACAAGCCUUUAAGUAAAGAAAAAUAACCCGUUUAGAUAUGUCAGCCUUUGCAAUGCAGAAAUAGUCACAACUGUUAAUGGCUUUGUGGAACACUGCAUGUGUAGAGAAGGCCAAUGUGUAGCAACCACCUGCUCACAGCUGCUAUUAACCCUAUAUUGACUGAAAUGACCCUCCCCUCUAUUUUUGUGUUGUUUUUGCACAGACUCCGGAGAAGUGAAGGCUGCCAAUCCGAGUAGUACUCAAAUGUGAGGAACUGCUGGUCUUGGAUUUUUUUUUUCCAUUGAACUCAGCUGAUCAUAUUGAUCAGUAGAUAAACGUAAAUAGCUUCAACUUUUAAAGAUCAAAUUGCAGUGUUUUUUCACUGUAUCAAGCAAAUGUCAGUGCUUUAUUUAAUUCUCUCUCCUGUAAUCAUAGCUUGUGUCUAUUUGCUUAUAUAUCACAUUGUCAAUUAUGCAUUUGUAAUUUUACAUAUAAUAUGCAUUAUUUGCCAGUUUUAUUCUCAAGGCUAUGGACCUCAUGUGCAUAUAGAAAUACAGAAUCCUAGCUCUAUCACAAGUUGCACAAAUGUUAUAUAAGCAUUAAGUAAUUGUAGACCAUAGGACUGCUAAUCUCAGUUCGCUCUGUGAUGUCAAGUGCAGAAUGUACAAUUAACUGGUGAUUUCCUCAUACUUUUGAUACUACUUGUACCUGUAUGUCUUUUAGAAAGACAUUGGUGGAGUCUGUAUCCCUUUUGUAUUUUUAAUACAAUAAUUGUACAUAUUGGUUAUAUUUUUGUUGAAAAUGGUAGAAAUGUACUAUGUUUAUGCUUCUACAUCCAGUUUGUAUGAAGCUGGAAAAUAAAUAAAUAUAACAUUAAUGAAGUCCAUGUUGAUUCUUAUGCAUUUUACAUGUUCCACAUACUUGAACAAAUUUAUGAAAAAAUUUUACUUCUCUGUGUAUUAAUAUUAAAGGGACAUUGCCAAGUGAUGUGGGCAAACUAUUGGUGUGGAGUUUUUCUUCAUGUAGUUACGCUGCUGUUGGUAUGUGUACUGCUGAAUGAGAGUGAGUGAAACGUUGUGUGUCCCCACCAGAAACA